GGGCAUGUCAGUGAGUUAUCGCGAGAAGGGACGGAAGCCUGUUGGGGACCUGGCCUUUAAUGUGCGGUUCGACCCGUCUGCCCGGGGGUCCUCUCAAUAGCUAAAACCUCUGACCUACUUGUGGCCCACCAAGAAGACGUUUUAUGUGAGGCAGCACUGGUGUCCAGACAUUCAAAGCAUGAUGGUUAUAUUCUAGGGCUUGAAAAUCUUCCCUGAUGCGAUCCUCUCUUGCCUCAGGAUUAAGUUUGCUAAUUGGAGCUUUCCGCUUGUGUUCUAGGAAUCUGAGAGAAGCUGUUCCAGCCCCUCCAGUUCAUUGCCAUGAAAAGGAGAAUGUGAUUAAACUGCUCACCUUAUGAAAUUUGGCUUACAUGUGAAUCUGCCAGGUAAUACAAAGACCUGUGGAAUAUGAGUGAUGACAAACCCUUUUUAUGCACUGCCCCUGGAUGUGGCCAGCGUUUUACCAACGAGGAUCAUUUGGCUGUCCAUAAACAUAAACAUGAGAUGACACUGAAAUUUGGUCCAGCUCGUAAUGACAGUGUCAUUGUGGCUGAUCAGACACCAACACCAACUAGAUUCUUGAAGAACUGUGAAGAAGUGGGUUUGUUCAAUGAAUUAGCAAGUCCUUUUGAAAAUGAAUUCAAAAAGGCUUCAGAAGAUGACAUUAAAAAAAUGCCUCUAGAUCUAUCUCCUCUUGCAACACCAAUCAUAAGAAAUAAAACUGAAGAGCCUUCAGUUGUGGAGACAACUCAUCAGGAUAGUCCUUUACCUCAUCCAGAGUCUACUACCAGUGAUGAAAAGGAAGUGUCACUUCAGCAGACUGCACAGCCUACAUCAACAAUAGUUCGUCCAGCAUCACUGCAGGUUCCUAAUGUAUUGCUAACAAGUUCUGACUCAAGUGUUAUUAUUCAGCAGGCAAUACCUUCACCAACUUCUAGCACUGUCAUUACCCAGGCUCCAUCCUCCAACAGGCCAAUAGUACCAGUACCAGGUCCUUUCCCUCUGCUGUUACAUCUUCCUAAUGGACAAACUAUGCCUGUUGCUAUUCCUGCCUCAAUCACAAAUUCUAAUGUUCAUGUCCCUGCUGCAGUUCCACUUGUUAGACCUGUCACCAUGGUGCCUAGUAUCCCAGGAAUCCCAGGGCCCUCCUCCCCACAGCCAGUGCAGUCAGAGGCAAAAUUGAGAUUGAAAGCUGCCUUGACCCAGCAGCAUCCUCAGGUCACAAAUGGAGAUACUGCCAAGGGGCAUGCUAGUGGAUUGAUUAGGACUCAGUCAGAGGAAGCCCGACCACAGUCAUUACAACAGCCUGCUACAUCAACUACAGAAACACCGGCUUCCCCAGCUCAGCCCACACCACAAACCCAAAAUACAGGAGGUCGUCGAAGAAGAGCAGCAAAUGAAGACCCUGAUGAGAAAAGAAGAAAGUUUCUAGAGCGAAACCGUGCUGCUGCUUCAAGAUGUCGACAAAAAAGAAAAGUGUGGGUGCAGUCAUUGGAGAAGAAAGCAGAAGACUUGAGCUCAUUAAAUGGUCAAUUACAGAAUGAAGUCACCCUGCUGAGAAAUGAAGUGGCACAGCUGAAACAGCUUCUUCUGGCUCAUAAAGAUUGCCCUGUAACUGCCAUGCAGAAGAAAUCUGGCUAUCAGACUGCAGAUAAAGAUGACAGUACUGAAGACAUUUCAGUGCCAAAUAGUCCACAUACAGAAGCUAUUCAGCAUAGUUCUGUCAGCACUUCCAAUGGAGUAAGUUCAACCUCCAAGGCAGAAGCCGUAGCCACGUCAGUUCUCACCCAGAUGGCGGACCAGAGUACAGAGCCAGUGCUUUCACAGAUUGUUAUGGCUCCACCUUCCCAGUCACAGCCUUCAGGAAGUUGAUUAAAAACUUGCAUUGCAACAGUUUCUUAGAUAUACAUUUGUGACUUUAAAGGGAAAUCAAGACCAGUCUCCAUCUAAAAAGAUAUGUAGCUUAAAAUUAUUCAUUUUUAAAAUUCAAAUUUAAAUUUGGCUUUAAAGAUUGUCAGAUGGGCAGAUGAAGAGGAGACUGAACAGCAGUUUCUAGUCUCCUUGCAGAAGAUGGAUUUUUUUUUUAAAGUUGAUUUACUAGUUAUUUUCUGUGCUCAAUGUGUAAAGUGUGUGUAAAGUACAAUGUGGUUUAUUUCACUUUUAAUUUGGUAUUAUUUCAAUCAACAUUGGGGUGAAUUAUUAAUGUGCAUCCCCAAGACUGUGAUAGUAAUAUUAUGUGACAUUUUAUACCAAAGUUCUGCAUAGUCCCUAUUGACUUUGUAAUUGUUAGCAAGGUCAUAAAGCACUAGGCAAGAGAAAAAGACAGUAACAGUACAUUUGCUUUUAGUCUUUUUGCCUUUUUAUUGUUUUGCACAUAAUGAGAGAGAGAACAUUGGGAGAAAAUGUUUGCUUUAUAUCAUGUGUAGCAUUUUGUUUGGCUUAUUAACUGUUUUGGUUGGUUAGUUGUUUUUUAAAUUGUUUAACAGGGCCAGUAUGGUGUAGGGACAUACAGUACUUUUAUGCACAUACCUAAACUAGAUGAGGGUCAUUACUAACUAGAUUUUCUUUAAAAACUGAUGCCAAUUUUUUCAACACUUUAAUUUUAAAAGGGGAGCUUUAUUUCUGCUGUCAAAACAAUGGUCUGCAAAUACCCUUUGAGGCUAGGCUAGUACAAAACAGUAAAAAGAUAUCGUACAAUACAGGGUUAUCAAAUAUGGAAUAAUUUUCAUAGCUAGCUUGAUACUUUGUGGAUUUUUGAAUCACCGACUAAGGAGUUUACUCAUACACAAGUAUGGAUGCCAGAAAAGCCUAAAAAACCUUUGUUAAACAACACUUUUUUCCUUCUUCUUUGUCAUUGUCUUGUAUUUGCAAGCUAACUUGUACUUAAUUCUUGUGUAAGCACUGUCAUCUUUUAGUAGCAAAAUUUUGAUACCUUUCUUGUGGAAAAAUCAGUAUCUACCAUAUCUUGGAAACAAUGUAAUUAUAAUGUGGUGUGUAUGUGUGCGUAUGUGUGUGAGAAUGGUUCAGUAGUUUAUGCCAGCAAUCUUUGCUUGAAUGUUUAAAGAUGCCUUCAAUGUGAUGCUGGCUGAUAGAUUGCAGUUUAAAAAUGUUAUUUACUGUGCGAACUUGGAUAACUAACAUUCCAUGAUGUAUGUUUGUUUCUGAUGAGAUGAUUGUAGGUACACUUUUUCUCAUUAUCCAAUCAUCUGUAGGAUAUUGAGUUUUUUAAAUGUGCCAUUACCUAUUUGGAUUCUGUACUCAUGUUCAAAAUACAGUACAAUAUUUUACAAUAGAUUACGUUGGGGAAAAAAGUAGAUGUGUGCUUUCAGGUCAGAAAACUUUGUACAAUAGCUAAAGAGUAGCAAAUUUUGGCAGUCAGACAGGAUUCCAUUAUGUAUAUAACAAAGAUUUAAUGCAUUUAUAAUGGGUUGUGUAGUUCAUUUUCUCUUCCUUCUCCAUGCUACACUGUUUUAAAUCUCAGUGCUAUCAAAUUCCUUAUGAGAUUCAUUUUUAAAUCUAUGAAAUGUAAUUGGUAAUACAGAGGAAGAACAUAAUUUGUAUAAUAUACAACCAUACUAUAAUCAAAACUGGACAAAGACAUAUCUGAAUUGUGUGUAUAUCAUUUCAGUGCUGUAAGUGUGAAAAUAAUAGGAAUUCUAAAUAUUUUGUAUUUUAAAAACAAGGAAGUAAUUUUUGAGUUGAUAAACCCAUAUGUUUAAAUACUUUUACCAGUUUCAUGGGGGAAAAAGUUAGUUACUGAAAAAUUCCACAAUGGUAAAAUAUACCAUAAGUCUUGUGAGAAAGGAAUUUAUCUCAAAGGCACAAAAUGUGAAUUAUGCAGGAAAGCUAUACAGUUACUACUUUUCAUUGUAAUUUUGGUGAACUAGGUAAAACCUCAUUGGUUACAUUUUCAUUCUCUCUCCUAAACACUAGGCAUUUUUUAUCUUAUUUAUGCAAGUGAAUUUUUUUAAUAAAACUGUUGUGCCUGUAAAAUAAGUCUACAUAAGUGUGAGGAGACAUGUAAGCAUUUAACGAAUGGGGUUGGGAAAAGAACCAUAAUAAAUAUGUCUGUGUUCAUCAAAUAGAGAAAACAGUUAUUAGUUGUACAACCAUGAAUUCUGUUUUGAGACAUAUGUCGCACUACUUCUGUACUUAUCAUUUCGAGUCUUUACAUUUGAACAUGUUUCACAAACUGUACUGUUUUCUUUAUGUGCAGUUUGCAUGAGUAAAUCAUCAGAGAAUAAUCUUUAAAUUAUGUUCCUAUUUUAAUGAAAUUACAACUGUUCUAAAAAGGUAGUGGUGUACUCAGACUUCUUUCUGUACGGGUUUUUUUCUCCAAUGGUUGUUAGCAUUUAUGUGGAACUCAUUACCAGAAUGUCAAUGUAACAUUAGAUAAAUGUAGAAGAACAUCCCUGUCUUCUAGAGAAGGAGUCAAAUUCCAUUCCUCUACCCUUGGAUUCAAACCACUUUGUUUAGAGGAAUUAUUCUUACAUCAUUAGUUCCAGGAGCAGAAGAUGGGCAUCAAAAAGGAGUCCAAGAUGGCCCGUAGGUCACUGAUGUGAUUCAACCUGAUUUCUGUUGGCAGUGAGUUGCAGAGCAGAGUUUAAUGUUUUUUUAUUUUUCUUUUUUGUGUGUCUCAGCUAAUAAUCUGUAAAGUUACAAAAGUAAAAUAAAUCUACAACUAACUCUUAUAAUCCCUUAAUAAACACAGUAGCUAUGUAGAAAAUAGAGGUGGGCAAAUACUACAAAAAUUAUGAGCAUUCAAUCAAAUUUAAAAAUAAAAUGUUCCCCUUUUGUUUGCUUUUUCAGAACAUUUGGGUUGGUUAACUUUUAUUCUCAUAAAUGUUUGUGGAAAGCAUAUUACAAGUUUACAUGCUCACCCUGAAAGUGGUGCAUUCUGUAUGGGUCACCCCUUAAAGUAUAGAGAUAUGAUUCCCAAAAUCUCUCCACAGAGCUCUGAUACAGAGGCAGUAAAACAAGACAGAAAGGAACCUGACUGCAUGCAUCCUUUGCAGCUACAUUUGCACACGCAAUUAUUUUGUUUAAAUGUGAUGAGAAAAUUCAAUUGAAAUUCUUCACGUAGUCAUUCAUUCUUACAGAAGUUUAAUAUAGGAAAAUUGCUUCAAACAAGGCCUUCAUGAUAAAGAAAGAGAAAUGUAACAUUUUUCUAUUCUUGCUUUUCUCCUGGAGACAUUCAGAUACCCUUUUGCUUCAUCAAACUCCCUUCCUGAUUAUAUGAAUUACGUUCACCACCUCAGGAAAGAGAAACAAUACCAUCACUUUUAUGUGACAA